AUGACAUCAGGUGCUAAUGUUAUGUUGAUUACAGGUCCAGAGUGGUACCUGGUGCGUGUGGAGCUGACGGUGACUGAUGUGAACGAUAAUGUUCCUGAAUGGAGGAUGGUGCCCUCUCCAUAUUUGGCCGUGGUUUCCACCAACGCAGAGGCUGGGACUGUGGUCUACACACUGUACGCCGAGGACGGAGAUGAGGGCAACAACGGAGAGGUGGAAUACUUCCUCUCAGACGGUGGAGAUGGCCGGUUUGAGGUGGACAGGAAGAGUGGGCACGUACGAACCACCGGACUGCCCCUUCAGAGGGACCGGGAGUACCUCCUGACCGUGGUGGCGGCGGACCACCUGGGCAGUCGCAGUGUCCCGGUGGUGGUGUCUGUGGUGGCAGGAGAAAGACCUCCUCAGUUCACCAACGCCUCCUUCAUCAUUGCUUUACCAGAAAACACACCAGAGGGACAGACCUUCCUGGUCACACCUGCCGUGUCCUUCCAGAAGAAACCAAUCGUCUACAGCCUCCUUAUCAAUCCCAGCAGUCUGUUCUCCAUUGCCACGGAGACGGGGGAAAUCAGCCUGACCCGCCCUAUUGAUUACGAGAGUGACCAGCACCGCUACUUGCUGUUAGUGCGGGCGAGUGAGGAGCACGAUAGCAUGAGCAGUGCGGCAGAGGUGCGGGUGGUGAUUGUGGACGAGAACGACUGCGUGCCAGAGUUCCUGCAGUCCAUUUACAGCAAAGACGGAGUUCCCGAAACAGUCACCACGGCAACGUCUCUGUUACAAGUUUCGGCCACUGACUGCGACUCUGAACAGAACGCAGAGCUCACGUAUUACACCCUAAGUCCGGACUUCUCCAUAUCUCCGCACGGGACCAUUUUCCCCGCUGGGCCCCUGGACUAUGAGCGGCUCAACCAUCUGUAUGAGUUUGUGGUGAUGGCCAUCGAUAAAGGCGACGUGCCUCGAACAGGAACUACCACAGUCCGGAUCCGCAUGGCUAACGUCAAUGAUGAAGCACCCGAGUUCUCCCAGCACAUAUAUCGGACGUUCGUCUCUGAAGAUGCCGGGCCCAAUACUCUGGUGGCUACAGUGCUGGCGAAGGACCCCGAUGGAGAUGGGAUAACCUACAAGAUCACAAGUGGGAAUGAGGAGGGCAACUUUGUCAUUGACAACCAAAAGGUAUGCCCCGUGCCAGCCUCCCAUCUUCUCCGCAUGGCCUGA